AUGUAUGAAUACCAGUAUGCUAGCUUGGCGCAGGCAGGACAAGCACCCGGUUAUCCGCAAUUUCAGUACCCUACUGCUAGUGGAGACCAAAAUGCACCCUUUCUACAAGGCUAUGCUCUUGCACAACAAGGCGGUGCGCAGAAUACAGUUCCUGCCGCCAUGUUCGGUGGACAGUCUGUCGGUUCAUUUAGUAUGGACCAAAACCAAGUGGCAUACUCGCAGGCAGCAGCCGGUGUUCCAGUCCCCCAAAUGGGAGCUUCGCAAAUGCCUAUGAACGCCGCUAUCGGCGCUGGAUUUCCAUAUGGCGACUACUCACAGUUUAACCAGUAUGGUUCUAUUGCCCCUGGCGUCGGUGGCAUGCCGCAGUCCCUUCAAGAUAUGCAGCAGUUUGGACAACUACUACCAAAUGCAUUUAACCAGACAGCUACACGGAACCUUUAUGACGCUUUUGCGCAAGAUCAGGGUCUCGCUGGAUUCAAUCCAGCCGCAUUCUUGCAAGAUCCCACCGGGAGCAUGGGCCGAAACCUUGGGGGGUUUUCAGGCAAAGGCUUUGGCAUGAACCAAAGAGGUGGCAUGAACAAGUUUGGGAACGGUGGACGGUCGAAUGCUCUCCCUAGCGUGACCAAUCCUGACGGCUUGCGAGAGGACACCGUCUUCGUCUCGAAGCUACCUCAGAAUAUCGACCACGACAUUAUGAAGGCCCAAUUUGGCGUUAUUGGGAAAAUUAAGAUUAACUCGAAAACAGGAAUGCCAAUGAUUUGGAUCUUCAAAGAACGUGGCGUUCCCAAGGGUGAUGCACUG